GAUUGAAUAGGUACAUCAAGACAUACAGCUUAUUUCACAUUCCGACAACUACAACAUCUCAUUUACCUACCAUUGAUACUUAAUAUCGAUGUCCUUACUGUCGCGCAAACCAAGUUGACCUAUGGCUGACGUCGCAGAAGCCAUUGCGGCAGCCAUGGCUGCUGCCGCGCCGCCAACCAGUCCUGACAUCAAGACCGAACCGCCGAACAACGACGCCAUGAUCCUCGAUCCAGCACCCGAACGGCCGCCGUCGCCUGCCAAGCGACCGCGAACUCCCAAUGACGGCGGUGAACGGACAGAUGAAAAGCGACUAAAAAUAGAAGCUAAGAUGGAGAGUGAAAGCGCGAAUGAGAUGGAUGAGCUUGCUCUUCUCGUGCAGCAAGCCCAGGCUGAAGCUAUGCAACAAUUCCAACUAGAACCCGAUAGAGUCGAUGGUUUGCCAUCCAGCGAGAACGAACACGCCAACCAUGUAUCUCACGAUAUACCGGGCCUGGAGGCGACAUUCGAACAACAAGCACAAAGUCCCGUUGAAAAUUCCGAGCCGCGGCCCGAGACUCUAUGGAGCAACCCGAGAGACUUUACGCGCCGAAAACAUAUUAUACCUGGUCUGGGCAGUCUGGCAAUUGAUAUCAUUACUGCUUGGUCUGAGCAGUCUUUGGAAGACACUGUCGCGACUCUUAGCGGUGACCCAGACUCGGACAUCGCCAAGGAAUAUGCCGUCCUAAAGGCAGCUUUCGAUGCGCAGCGGAAACUUUUGUCCGAUACACAUACACUGCUAUAUCCCGAACAACUCAAUGUUGCGAGCCAGACUCGGGAGGUCAUACGGGUAAUAAAUCUUGCGACAGCUUGCGCGAGCGUGUUCGGUACCAACGAGCUUGGUUUAGAAGAGAUUAACGACCACUUUUUGCGCAUAUUCGUACCCGAGAAUCAAGAAGUGUCACGAGAUGCCGCAGACUUAUAUCUGGGCUUAAAAACGCAGAUUUUUCUCGCUGUGAUAGAGACUGAUGGGAUGGCUAGAGAACAGCUCCUAGACGAUCUCUUCAUUACGAGACUCGAGAAUUCCCUGCGAGAGCAUCAUCCAAAUCUUCCCUUGUCGGUCUCUGAAUAUGAGUUCAUAGCAAAUGCGAAAGCACGCAAGGCUAUGCUUUCAAAUGAAUCCGGUGAUGCCGACAGCAUUCAAGCACUAAGCAAACAAUUUACGUACGAAGCUUUUCUCGAUAGUCUCAGCACAUUCCUCAAUGACCAUAUAGAGAGUAUCAGGGUUCAAGGUACUGGUGAAGUCGAAACCACGACAUCCAUUGAGGACAAUAUCCAGAAUGGUCAUACCGAUCACGGCUUAGACGAGACUUUUGACCUUAACGCUAUGAUCGCGGAGGCCUCAAGGGCAGCCCAGAGCGCCCUUGAGCCGGGUGGUGAAGUACCCGAUCUCCACAACGAAUCUCACGAGCUAGAUGAAUUAUCUGCAUUUCUGGCAGAAAAUGUUUCUAAGGCAGUCGAGCAGGCUAAGGGGAACACUACGGAGUUACCAUCGGCUAUUGCAUCUGCGGCUGAGAGUGCCUCGAGGGCUACUAUGUUGGCGCUGCAAAGUAUCCAGCAGAAUCAAUAUCAACCAACGGCGCUUCCCCAAUCCACCACCCCGUCUCACUCGACUACAAGUCAUAUCAAUUACCCACAGCAUCAGCAAGCGCAUCAACAGCAAACACAACAAACGCAACCACAUCAACAGUACCAUUAUCAACAACAUGGUCAAAAUAAUGGGAUGCCUGCAUACCAGACAACCAACGAUCACCUUCCACCCAAUCAGAGCGACUCAACUCCGGCGCUCUAUGAACGUGCCCGGCAGGCGGCGGCGGCACGCUCAUCCACUCAUGCACGCCGAGAAGGCUCGCAUUCGACUCGUCGACCCUGGAGCCCCGAAGAAGAAAAGGCACUUAUGAUGGGUCUUGAUAUGGUCAAGGGUCCACAUUGGUCACAGAUCUUGUCAUUAUUUGGUCCUAACGGGUCCAUCAGUAACAUUCUUGCAGACCGAACUCAAGUUCAAUUAAAGGAUAAAGCCCGGAACUUGAAGUUAUUCUUCCUUAAGACGAAUUCGGAAAUGCCAUAUUACCUUCAAUGCGUUACCGGCGAGUUGAAGACGAGGGCUCCUACUCAAGCUGCAAGGAAAGAGGCCGAGGAGAAGGCGAGGCUAAACUCGGAAGAGCAACAAGCUCAUGUGAAUGGAAUCUUAACGUUGGCAGGAGGCUUACAGAACCACGCCGUAUCGAGACAGAGCCCCUCGACCACGGUGCCUAGAAGCGCAACACCUAAUCAGCCUCUAUCUCACCCUAACUCACAACCAGACACACCAAGUUUUACUCAGCAACACAUUCAGUCAUCUGCACCCACACCCACCCCUCUGUCACGUCCAAUUAUCCCUGCACCGCAACCAGUCAGCCUCCCCACCUUCACCUCGUCGGUUCACCAACAUACGCCACCAUCCCCUAUUACACAGGUUGAGCAGCAGAUACUUCCUACUAGCGCGACUACUACGCCUUCGACGAUAGCCCCGUCAUCAAAUCCUGUCGCCACUACAGCACCUACGUCCAUGACUUUUCCGGAAACGGCUCCUGUUGUAGAAAGCAUCGAGCCGGAGAAGAAUGAGCUCAGUAGCGUUGACGCAGCGGUUCUGAACUUGGGAGCUGCGCUACUAAGGGAGAGGGAAAGGGAAAGGGAAUCAGCGGCCGCCUCCGACCCGCCUAAUGUCGAAGAAGGACGUAUACCCUCUAACGCCACCUCGGCUACACCGGCAGCCACGUCGCCUCAAUAGUUUUGGGAGAAGACGGAAUGGACCUACUGGUUUGAGAAUGACGGGUUUUUGGAAGGUCCGCCCCAACCGUAGUAUCGUUGUUGCUUUUUUUUUCCUUUUAAGUCAAACUUGACUAGACUUAUGUCAUGCAUGAUUGAUACCCCUGGGUGGUUCUGGCGGUCGCGGUCUUUUGGGAGGUAACAGAAACAGUUGCCGUCGAUUUUUGUUUACCUAGGUUAGGCAUAUAGCGCUAGACAAACAUCAGCCUUUUGCUCUUUGAGUUGGCACGUUAUCGAAUGGAACAUGCCAUUGAUUCGGA